GUACAACGCACACUCUUCGCGCUCUGCAUGGUCGAAAACACGAAUGAGAUGGUUUGCGUGGAAAGGGGCAAGGAGCCGGACGGCACCGGGUGGGUGAACACGGAGCAGCCCAAAGGCCAGGUCAUCGGAAAGGAGGAGGAGGAGGAGCCUCAGGAGGAUGAGACAAAGACGCUCAUCGGCGAGGCGCCGGUCCCGAAGGUGCCUGUCAAGGAGGAGAAGGAUGCCUCGCCUCGCUUCUUGGGCGUUCAGAUGAAGUGGGUCUCCUUGGCGGCGCUCACGUUACAAACCACCGGCCAAGCGUUGCUAAUUAAGUGGGCCGAUGCACAUGGAAAGAAGGAGUACCUGCCGAGCACCGUGGUCUUCUGGACGGAAGUGGUGAAGCUCACAACGAGCGUCCUACUGGUCGUCCACGAGAGCAGUGACGCUCUCAGCGCCUUUAGCUCCAUGAAGGGGCACUUCACACAGUCGAGGGUGGAGCUGAUGAAAGCUGCUGUGCCCUCCUUGAUCUACACUUUCCAGAACAACCUGAUGUUCUACAGCCUCACAAAGUUGAGCGCACCAGUGCAGCAGGUUCUUUACCAGAUGAAGAUUGUCACCACCGCAGGCCUUGGCGUGUUAAUGCUGGGGAAGCGGCUGGGCCCUGUGAAGUGGAGUGCCUGCUUCCUCUUGGCCCUUGGCAUCAUGGUGGUGCAGGUGAGCCGGAACGCGCAGUUGUCGAAGUCGGACUUUGUACUGGACAUCCAUUUCGUCGACAGCUUGGAGGAUGACCAGAUGAAAGGAUUUGCCGCGGUGAUCCUGGCCUGCUUCACCAGCGGCUUUGCCGGCGUGUGGAUCCAGCGGAUGCUGCAGCAGACCAGCGCUUCGGUUCCUCGGGGGACGUCAGGACGAUCACGGAGGACGUCAGCAAAGCAGACUGAACCGUGUGAACCGUAGCCGUUUGCCUCCAGCCAUUUGGGCUCGAAGCAGCUUCCUCGACAGGAGGGAGCAAUGGAGAUCAUAACACUCUCAGGUGCCACUGUCACAAAGCUUCAUGAGGAGGAAUUGGCCUACAUGGCGGAGAAUGGACAUUCUGUUAGGGAUCUGAAGAAGCUCCUGGCGGAUCGAGUUGGGUUCUCAAGAUUUCGACAAAGACUCUUGAGUGAAGAGGUGGGUGAGCUACAGGAUGAUAUGCCCGUCAGACAAGCACGAAGCUUGCAGUUGGUAGUCCUGAACUUUUGUGCGCCUGAAGAGGCCGUUUGGAAGGCACUGCUCCAUGCGUGUGAGGAAAAUCAAGUAGUUCAAGUCACAAGUUUGCUUCAGAAACCACUCGAUCCCAAUGGACCUGGUGCAGAAACUGACCCCCUACUUAUGGCUGUUCCAGCAGAACGAGGUCAUUUGGAAGUGGUGCGGUUGUUGCUCGAGGCCGGAGCUGACAAGAAUGCGGCCCGGGCAGAUGGGGCAACAGCCUUGAUUCUUGCAGCAUGCAAUGGCCACUUGGAAGUGGUCCGAUUGUUGCUCGAGGCUGGAGCUGACAAGAAUGCGGCGAUGGCAGAUGGGGCAACAGCCUUGAUGCUUGCAGCUGGGAAGGGCCACUUGGAAGUGGUGCGAUUGUUGCUCGAGGCUGGAGCUGACAAGAAUGCAGCCCGGGCAGAUGGGGCAACAGCCUUGAUGCUUGCAGCUGGGAAGGGCCACUUGGAAGUGGUGCGAUUGUUGCUCGAGGCUGGAGCUGACAAGAGUGCGGCCGGGGCAGAUGGGGCAACAGCCUUGAUGCUUGCAGCUGGGAAGGGCCACUUGGAAGUGAUGCGAUUGUUGCUCGAGGCUGGAGCUGACAAGAAUGCAGCCCGGGCAGAUGGGGCAACAGCCUUGAUGCUUGUAGCUGGGAAGGGCCACUUGGAAGUGGUGCGAUUGUUGCUCGAGGCUGGAGCUGACAAGAGUGCGGCCGGGGCAGAUGGGGCAACAGCCUUGAUGCUUGCAGCUGGGAAGGGCCACUUGGAAGUGCUGCGAUUGUUGCUCGAGGCUGGAGCUGACAAGAAUGUUGCCCGGGCAGAUGGGGCGACAGCCUUGAUGCUUGCAGCUGGGAAGGGCCACUUGGAAAUGGUGCGAUUGUUGCUCGAGGCUGGAGCUGACAAGAAUGCGGCGAUGGCAGAUGGGUUAACAGCCUUGAUGAUUGCAGCUUGGAAUGGUUGCUUGAAAGUGGUGCGGUUGUUGCUCGAAAAUGGAGCUGACAAGAAUGCGGCGAUGGCAGAUGGGGCAACAGCCUUGAUGAUUGCAGCUUGGAAUGGUUACUUGAAAAUGGUGCGGUUGUUGCUCGAGGCUGGAGCUGACAAGAAUGCGGCGAUGGCAGAUGGGUUAACUGCCUUGAUGAUUGCAGCUUGGAAUGGUUACUUGAAAGUGGUGCGGUUGUUGCUCGAGGCUGGAGCUGACAAGAAUGCACGGAUGGCAGAUGGGGCAACAGUCUUGACAUAUGCGGCUCGAUAUGGCUUCUCAGGUGGGGCAACAGCCUUGAUGCUUGCAGCUGGAAAUGACCUCUUGAAAAUCUUGGAAGUGGUGGUGCUUUUGUUCCUCGAGGCUGCGGCCCGGGCAGAUGAGGCAACAGUAUUGACGGAAGGAGCUCGAUUUGGCUUCGCAGAUGGGGCAACAGCCUUGAUGCUUGCAGCUGGGAAGGGCCACUUGGAAGUGGUGCGGUUGUUGCUCGAGGCUGGAGCUGACAAGAAUGCGGGCCCGGCAGGUUGGGAGAACUGCCUUGAUGCUUGCAGC